AUGGCUGGAAACAAGAAGAAGGAACAUCUCAUGGAAGAUGAGGACAGCGGUGAUGCGGAAGAUCAAAUUGAAGACGAGGAAGAAAUGGAAGAGAAAGAUCACGAUGAAGCUGACAAAAUGAUACUGCAAGAUGAUGAUGAUGAAUCCUCAUCGGAGAAUCAAGAUGAUUCCGAAGCUUCCAGUCAUAUGAAUGAAAACACUCGACCUAAAAAGAAGAAGAAAACUUAUCACUCGUGUGUAGUGCUGCGUGAUUUUAAAGGAGAUUUGGAAAAGGCUGGUUCUUUUGGUAACAUCUCUGACAUGGGUGUUUCGUUGAUAUUAUUAUUUGCAGAGAAGGAUACCACUUUUAAUUUGGCACUCACUUGCAAAUGGAUAUAUUCUGUCUAUUUGGAAUUGAGAUCUUAUAGUUUAGAUUUCAUUCGUUUGGAAUAUCUCAAUAGCAGAUGUACUCAGUACAAAUACUUGUCAAGUUUAUUUAAACCAUUGAUAUCCCCAUCAAUGACUUAUAAUGAACUGAAGAAAGAAAUUGUUGGAAAUGGGAGAGAAAUAGUUAAAGGGAUGGAAAAUGUAAUUGCCUUUGAACCAGUAGAUAUUAUGCGUGAUGAUCCGUCAUUAAUUUUGCCCAACAAAUUUUCACAAAGAAGAAACGUUCUAAUCAAUCUCUUUCAAGAUUUUUCACAAGAAGAUAUCGAGGAAGGAACAGUCAUUCGCAAAGACAGCCCUUUCCAUAAGAUGAAUUUGUUGAGAUGGAAGAAUUUCGGUGUCAAAAAUAUGAAUGAAUUUAAAGUUAAGGUGGAAGAGAAUUGCAGUGAUAUGAUUCGGAUUUUACUUGAUUGUUUGUGGAGACAUAACGCUUCCAAUAAGGAACAAUUCAUUGUUGCUGGAGGUUUCGUUGAGAGUAUACAAGAAAAAAUUGAGUCUGGUAUAAUUGACGAAAGUGAAUGUUUAUAUGGAGAAGGAACUGACAGAGAUGAUUUAGAAGGACUUUACUCCAUUUUCAACAACAUAAGUUUGUCGUAUAGACAUAUUGUGACUAUUAGAAGGAUUGGCGUCAAGAACUUCUUGGCAAUUGGAUGGGAGAGCUACUACUCUGGAAUGUGGUUGGAUGUUGAUUUUGAUGAUUAUGACUUAGAAAAAAUUGAAUAUCCAGAAACUGAAGAGUUUGAUGGCUUUGUAAGAAGAGUGACUAGUGAAGAUAUACACUACUUUUGUUUGAGUGUUAGAGAAUUAUAUAUGAACGAUGCUAGUAUUUUCUUUACAGAUUACUAUUUUGAUUCACAUUUGAGAGGAAAAUAUAAUUUUUGGAAAUGUUAUUGUUGUGGUUUUUAUCGACAUUCGAGCGACUUGGAUCUUGAUGAUGAUAAUUCCAAGUUUAAUAUGUGCAGCACAUGUAGAAGCUUUAAUUCCAACAUGAAAAAGUUGAAGAGAGAUUUAACUGGCAAAGUUGCAAUAGUGACAGGAGGGCGCAUUAAAAUCGGUUUCAUGGUUACGAAAACUCUUUUGGAAAAUGGGGCCACAGUCAUUGUCACUACUCGAUUUGUCCACGAUGCUCACAAGAAAUUUUCAGAAUAUUCUGACUAUGAAGAAUGGAAAUCAAGAUUAUUCAUCUACCCUUUGAACCUCAAAGAUGGCGCGUCUAUCAUGUCAUUCUGUGCUUAUAUUAGAAACAAUUUUAAGCAUGUGGAUUAUUUAAUUAACAAUGAAUCUUCUCAACUGGUCUUGAGAAAUGACAAUUCUAAAGUCGUAGUGUACAAGGACGAAAGAACCCUCAGGCAACAUUGUUUAGAUGUGACUGAAAAGUACAAUCUUACUAAGGAGGAUUUCGAUUCAAAUUUAGACAAAAUGUUUCCACCUGGAGAAACUGACGAGUUUGGAGAGCAGCAGGAUAAUAGAACUCACCACUCAUGGACAUACAAGUUACCAGACGUAGACACUGUCGAAUUGUUAGAGACUCAAAUGAUCAAUAAUAUUGCUCCAACAAUUCUUGUGGCUCAAUUAAUGGAAAUUAUGCAACCAAAUGUUGACGAGAGUCAUUGUACCUAUGAUAUGGAUGAUUUAUUGACCGGCAAACAUUUGUCAUAUAUUGUAAACGUGGUCUCUCAUGAGGGUAUCUUUAACGUGGAAGGUAAAACCGAUUCUCACAUCCAUACAAACAUGUCGAAAGCAGCAUUGAACAUGCUCACACGAAGUGCUGCUUCCUAUUAUGCCAAGAAGGGCAUAUUGAUGAAUUCAGCUGACACCGGAUGGAUAUCAUCGGCUAUUGAGACCUUUAUGGAACCUCCAUUGAACAUCAGUGACGGUGCUUAUCGAAUCCUGCAUCCGAUUCUUACUGCCUCUCUGGAUUAUGGAAAGUUGUACAAGAAUUACCAUGAAAUUAAAUGGUAA